AUGUCCUCCAUGCUGGUGGGAACCAAGAGCCUGAUGCUGGAUGGCCAAGCCCCCAUGGAGGCUCAGUAUGCAGAGGAGAGUCCAGGAUCCUGGAUCUUCAGAGCAGAGCCAGGAGACCCACUGCGGAGGCCCGAGGCCCAGCAGCAACCCAUCUCUUGGGCAGGGCGCUGGUGCACAGGGCGGCGCGGCUGGGCGGUGUUGGGAGCCCUGGUGUUGCUGGCUGGUGCAAGCAUUGGCUCCUGGCUUCUAGCGCUGUAUCUGUGGCCGGCUGCCUCUCAGCCUGUUCCCGGGACCCUGCAGGAUGAGGAGACGAGCUUAAACUGCUCGGAGGCCAGCGGUGAGGAAGCCCUGCUCCCCUCGCUUCCCAGAGCAGUGUCUUUCAGAAUAAACACCGAGGACUUCUUGCUGGAAGUGCAGGUGAGGGCCCAGCCAGACUGGCUUCUGGUCUGCCACGAGGGCUGGAGCUCUGCCCUGGGGGUACGGAUCUGCCGGAGCCUUGGGCAUCUCAGACUCACAGACCACAAGGCAGUGAACCUGUCUGACAUCAGGCUCAACAGCUCCAGGCAGUUUGCUCAGCUCUCUCCUAGACUGGGAGGCCUCCCGGAGGAGGUGUGGCAGCCCAGGAACAGCUGUACUUCUGGUCAAGUGGUUUCCCUCAGAUGCUCUGAGUGUGGGACCAGGCCCCUGGCUUCCCAGAUAGUGGGCGGGCAGGCGGUGGCUCCCGGGCGCUGGCCCUGGCAGGCCAGCGUGGCCCUGGGUGCCCGGCACACAUGCGGGGGCUCCGUGCUGGCCCCGCACUGGGUGGUGACCGCGGCGCACUGUGUGCACAGUUUCAGGCUGUCCCGCCGGUCCAGCUGGCGGGUCCAUGCGGGGCUGGUCAGCCACAGCACAGUCAGGCCGCACCAGGGGGCUGUGGUGGAGCGGAUCAUCGCCCACCCUCUGUACAGUGCCCAGAGUCACGACUACGACAUGGCCCUCCUGCAGCUCCGGACCCCGCUCCACUUCUCAGACACCGUGGGCGCCGUGUGCCUGCCGGCUGAAGAGCAGGAAUUUCCAAGGGGCUCGCAGUGCUGGGUGUCUGGCUGGGGCCACACUGACCCCAGCCACACCCACAGGUCGGACACGCUCCGGGACACGGUGGUGCCCCUGCUCAGCACCGAGCUCUGCAACAGCUCUUGCGUGUACAGUGGGGCCCUCACGCCCCGCAUGCUGUGUGCCGGCUACCUGGACCAGAGGGCCGACGCGUGCCAGGGGGAUAGCGGGGGUCCCCUGGUGUGCCUGGACAAGGGCACGUGGCGCCUGGUGGGCGUGGUCAGCUGGGGCCGCGGCUGCGCAGAGCCCAACCACCCCGGUGUCUACGCCAAGGUUGCCGAAUUCCUGGACUGGAUCCAGGACACGGCGCAGGUCCACUAGAUGGAGGAGAAGCAGCAGCCCCG